GAGAUCAUUCCUCUGCAUAAAUGAUAGUCGUGUGUCUGGAAUAAAAAUGGCCGCCUCAGCUUGUACCUCGUUACUGAGGGCAGGGAAAAAUUUGCUAAGUUCCUCCCUCCAAAUCAUUCCAAAGUCAUGCGGUGAGUGCGGCAGUCUCAGCGGCGUGAUGGCACAACAGGUUCGCUAUCGUACCUGGCCGUGUCACAUCAUGGUGCGAGACCUCAAGCGGCGGCGGAUGGUGAAGCAACUGGGUCCAGAACGCCUGCGAAUCAACUCCCUUCGAAAGAACACCAUUCUACCAAAGGAUCUCCAGGAGCUAGCUGACAGGCAGAUAGCAGACAUGCCAUUCGACAGCAGCAUAGUUCGUAUUCACAACCGCUGCGUGGUCACCUCACGUCCACGGGGAAUCCUCAGCCGAUGGCGUCUCAGUCGCAUCACGUGGCGCGAGCUGGCCGACUACAACCUUAUGUCUGGGGUUACGAGGGCGUGUUGGGGUCGCACAGGAUACCCAAGGCAAAAUAAGAAGAGGAAGGUCUUGUGGUGACCCUUAAGGAAGUCAUGAACUGUUGAAAUAAAAAUUACUAACUAGGAAGUUACAAGUGUGGGAGCAUUUGUAGAAUUGUCUAUAGGUUCAAACAAGCUGCAAUGCAAAUUGUAUGGUUGCUUUGACAGCCAUUUGGCUUACUAAUACUGUAGUUAGUGAUCAUUCAGAAAAAGUUAAGCGUUCCAUGAAAACUUAUGUACCAUACCUGAAAUAAAUUGUAACCAUACCAACUUUGUGGUGAAAACAAGUGUGUAUAAAUUUGUAUGUUGCAUGUCUGGGAGGGGCAUUAUUAUACUAGUACUAGUAUUCGAUUUUAGUCAGUUCUAAAUAUACAAGGAUUUCUAAGGGGGCGUGGGAGGGGGUAUCCUGUAUUUCGAGUUAUGAUUGUGACUUCACUAAUUUCUUUUCUUGUAGCUUUUGCUUAACAUUGCGUUAAAUAUCCAGUCGUGAUCAUAAUGUGUUAUGUACUUCCCGGAGGUUUGAACUAUCGUUCCA